UAUAUAUACCGGUACAUACUGUAGACACAGCGUUAUUUUGUCAAGGAAGUUAAGUGCGAUCCGGCGCAGAACGCAGAGGGGCGCGGUUUAACAUCGGAACCGCACCCUAAUCGUGGCUCACCUCCUCCCUGCCCUACGCUGGUCGCUUCUCGGUGAUGGAGUUUGAGGUUGGUACAGGUCUUGUUCAAAAUCCUGGCUUUGUUUAUGGGAGUUCAGCUCCUGACUGUCACUCUGAACCCCCGCUGAGUGGGUUUCUUAACAGAAAGUGUGUGGUUGAACCUGGAGGAAGAAAAAGCAAAGAUCGGUCGUGGCAGACAUUCUGGUGUCAGCUAAAAGGCGUUUCUCUUGAGUUUCAUAGGGUAUCCCAAUGUUUUGUGUCUAAGGCUACUGCAUAGUACACCAUAUGACAGCUACUUAUACUUGGGGGAUGUUUCCUUUGUUUAGUUUAACACAUAAAAUGUGUAUUGGUUUGAGAGAUGUAACAUUGCAGGUUGAUGGUGUAAAGAGCGAAGGGUCCAAACCCCCUCCCAGAGAUAUUUUCCCUCCUCCGCACAUGCCUCAGCACAAAGCAGGAUUUGUAUCUGUUGACGGGGCUACAGCAGAGGAUGAUUACACGUCUCAGAUUGGCAAAGAUCUUCAAAAGAGGAGAAGCUGGCUGUUUGAGUUAACUCUCCCUAACCAGAUGAUCUACCUGCUGCAAGCUCCUAAUGGCACACAAAGAGCUCAGUGGAUCCAACAUAUCCGAAGGGCAGCAUCUGGCAAGGGAGAAGACAUUGAAAGUCGAAAACUAAAGGCUGCCAGGUGUUCUGUUCGUCAUCGCAGCAGGCAAAAUGUGUAUGUUAUAAUAUACUACCGCUUUAACACAGUGCAUAGGUCAGAUGAAGUAUUUGCAUGUGUAAUAUAUGUAUAGAUGGAAAUAGGUGUAAACGUCUAUGAAUCUCUGCUCAAAAAAAGAGAGCAUUAGCAACAGCAGUGAGAUGUCAGAAUGAGAAGAGACUCGUUCUUCAGCUGUAAUCUUUGGACUAUGGGAAGCAAGUAUUGCUUACGUAGGUCCAUAGUUUGCGUUACAGAUGUCUAAGUUCUAAACAAACUUGUGGAUCAAUUACCUCGUUCUUUAGUUAUGGGUGUUUAACCUUAAGAAGUAGUAGGAGAAGACAAACAAAACUCGCUUUUUAGCCCUCUACAUCAAAAAUGC